AGUUGAGAGUCUAAAGACUGAAGGAAGAAAAACAGAAAAGUGACAGAGAGGGAGAGAAGGGAGCAUGUUGAGAAGUAACUGAACCGAACCUGAGGGCUCUGAUUUGGACCGAUUAGGUCCAAGUUCUGUCUUAUUCGACCUGGAUAAAUCUGGAGCCACCAAGAUUUAACUGGAUCCCACUGGAUAAAGGUUUCUCAACUCUGAUCUGAAGCAGGAAGUGAAGAAGUAGCAACCAUGGGCAGCAAGGAGCGGUACCACUGGCAAGCCCAGAAUGUGAAGGUGAGCGGCGUGGACGACAUGGUUCUGCUGUCAAAGAUCAAUGAGGACGCCAUCACAGACAACCUGAAGAAGAGAUACAUGGACGACUACAUCUUCACCUACAUCGGCCCGGUUCUGAUCUCGGUGAACCCCUUUAAACAGCUGCCGUACUUCACUGACAGAGAGGUGGAGCUGUACCAGGGAGCGGCUCAGUAUGAGAACCCCCCCCACAUCUACGCUCUGGCUGACAACAUGUACAGGAACAUGAUGAUCGACAGUGAGAACCAAUGUGUCAUCAUCAGCGGAGAGAGCGGAGCUGGAAAAACCGUCGCUGCCAAAUACAUCAUGAGCUAUGUGUCCAAAGUGUCUGGAGGAGGAGAAAAAGUACAGCAUGUUAAAGACAUCAUCCUGCAGUCCAACCCCCUGCUCGAGGCCUUUGGAAAUGCCAAGACCGUCCGCAACAACAACUCCAGCAGAUUUGGAAAAUACGUCGAGAUACAGUUCAGCCGAGGAGGAGCUCCUGAUGGAGGAAAAAUCUCCAACUUCUUGCUGGAAAAAAGCAGAGUUGUCUCCCAGAACCCUGGAGAGAGAAACUUCCACAUCUACUACCAGCUUCUAGGUGGAGCCAGCGGGGAACAGAGGGAGAACCUCGGGGUCACGACCCCCGACUACUACUAUUACAUGAACCAAUCAGGAACCUACACUGUGGAGGACAUCAAUGACAAGAAGGAUUUCACUGAUACGAUGGGUGCGAUGUCAGUUGUGGGUCUGUCUUUGGAUGAUCAGGAUUCGGUUCUGCAGCUCGUGGCAGGAAUUCUUCAUCUGGGAAACAUCAGCUUCCGAGAGGAAAACAACUAUGCUGUGGUGGAGAGCCAGGACUUCCUAGCCUUUCCAGCCUACCUGCUGGGAAUACCUCAGGACGGCCUCUGCAGCAAACUCACCAGUCGGAUCAUGGACAGUAAGUGGGGCGGGAAGACCGAGACCAUCUCCGUUACUCUGAACACGGAGCAGGCCUGUUUCUCCAGAGACGCCCUGUCCAAAGCUCUGUACACUCGACUCUUUGAUUACCUGGUGGACUGUAUUAAUAAAGCCAUGCAGAAGAAGACGGAGGAGCUCAACAUCGGAGUCCUUGACAUCUACGGCUUUGAGAUCUUCCAGCAAAAUGGCUUCGAGCAGUUUUGCAUCAACUUUGUGAACGAGAAGCUGCAGCAGAUUUUUAUCGAGCUCACUCUGAAGGCUGAACAGGAGGAAUAUGUUCAGGAAGGGAUCAAAUGGACUCCAAUUGAGUAUUUUAACAACAAGGUGGUUUGUGACGUCAUCGAGUCCAAACUGAAUCCUCCUGGGAUUAUGAGCAUCCUGGAUGAUGUUUGUGCCACCAUGCACGCCAAAGGUGAGGGAGCAGAUCAGACGCUGCUGCAGAAACUACAGGGACAAAUAGGAUCACACGAGCACUUCAGCAGCUGGAACAAAGGCUUCAUCGUCCACCACUAUGCUGGCAAGGUGUCGUAUGAUGUCAGCGGGUUCUGUGAGCGGAACAGAGAUGUUCUGUUCAAUGACAUCAUCGAGCUGAUGCAGAGCAGCGAGUUUCCAUUUAUCAGAGCUCUGUUCCCGGAGAACCUGGAGGUGGAAAAACGAGGGCGACCAACCACAGCCAGCAGCAAGAUCAAGAAACAAGCCAACAGUCUGGUCCAGACCCUGAUGAAGUGCACCCCCCACUACAUCCGCUGCAUCAAACCCAACGAGACCAAACGGCCCAGGGACUGGGAGGAGAACCGUGUCAGGCACCAGGUGGAGUACCUGGGGCUCCGAGAGAACAUCAGAGUCCGUCGAGCUGGAUACGCCUACCGACGAGUCUUCAACAAGUUCUUGCACAGGUAUGCCAUCCUGACCAGAGAGACCUGGCCUGGGUGGAGGGGCGAUCAACGCCAGGGAGUUCUGCACCUCCUCCACUCGGUCAACAUGGAUCAGGAUCAGUUCCAGCUGGGAAAAGCCAAAGUUUUCAUCAAAGCCCCUGAGUCGCUUUUCCUGUUGGAGGAGAUGCGAGAGAGAAAGUAUAACAGUUACGCUCGCGUAAUUCAGAAGGCGUGGCGCAAACACAUCGCUGUCCGCAAAUACGUCAAGAUGAGGGAGGAAGCCUCCGAUGUUCUCCUGAACAAAAAGGAACGCCGCAGAAACAGCAUUAACAGGAACUUUGUGGGUGACUACAUCGGUACCGACAACCAUCCCGAGAUCCGACAGUUUGUGGGCCGCAGAGAGAGGAUCGACUUUGCUGAUGUGGUGGUGAAAUUUGACAGAAGAUUUAAGACCGUGAAACGGGACUUCAUUCUUACCCCAAAGUUCCUGUAUUUGAUUGGCCGAGAGAAGGUGAAGCAGGGUCCAGAUAAAGGCCAGAUCCAAGAGAUUCUAAAGAGGAAGAUUGAACUCAACAGGAUUCAAUCUGUUUCUCUCAGCACUAUGCAGGACGACUUCUUCAUCAUCCAUGAGGAAGAGUACGACAGCGUUCUUCAGAGCAUCUUUAAGACGGAGUUCCUCAGUCUGCUGGUGAAACGUUACCAGGAGAAGACGGACAAGAAGCUGUCGCUGAAAUUCAACAACCUUCUGGAGUUUAAGGUGAAGAAGGGCCGACAUCUAUUUAGCUCUUCAGGCUCCCGACAGAUCCAGUUCCAGGUGGGUCAGGGAGAUGAGGUGGUGCUGAAACCCAGUGGGAAGAUCCUGCAGGUCUCAAUCGGGCCGGGUCUCCCGAAGAAUUCCAGACCAACCAGAAAAGAUAACCGCAAGAGCCACUACAUGGGCAACCAGGCUCCACCCACCUACCAGAACAACACUGCACCUCACAACAGGGGGGGCGGAGCACUCAGAGGACACCCCGCCUUCUUGAGAGGGUCCACUCUGAGGAAACAGGCCAGCAUGGAGCAGCCCACCCUGCCCCGACUCCAGAACCAGCACCGCCCCAGUAACCAGCUUCCCCAGGACCAGGACAUGGGCUUCAUGAGCGUCCCUGAUCAGGGUGCAGCAGGGCUCCACAGGCGCCUCUCAAAGGAAGUGAAACCUCUUCCAGGAGCGGGUCGGCCCAAACCAAAGCCCCGGUCUCCUCAGUGCAGAGCUCUGUAUGCUUAUGAUGCCCAGGAUACCGACGAGCUCAGCUUCAACACUGAUGACAUCAUUGAGAUACUGACAGAAGGUCCGUCUGGUUGGUGGUUCGGCCGGUUGCGGGGCAAAGAGGGGAUGUUCCCUGGAAACUAUGUGGAGAAGAUCUAGACCUCCUUUUGGGGGCUCAAAUGUCCUAGACCUGCAGCUGUGGAUGGGGUCAGAGGUCGCUGUGACUUUCAGCACAUCAACAGAACAUUAGAUUCCUUGGAUACUUUUAGAAACAAACACAUGCAUGUUCCUCUGAGUGACAUCCGUCAGUCAGCCAGAGUUUCAUUAUCCUCAGAGGUCAGCCAGGGGUCAGUCCUGGUCCAAUCAGUUUCGAAGUGUUCUUAAAAAGCCUCAGAGUCCGAUUAAUGUUCCUAAGUGGUUCUCUGAUCACCUCAGGUACUUUAAAGGGAUAGUUAGAUCAAUGUUGACAUCAGUAUUACCACAGAGCUGAAAAGGUCAGCUAGUAUAUUUUCUAACAAGAUGAACAGAUCUGAAGCUGAUAUGUCAGUUUUUUAUCUCUAAUUAAAUCAUGAAAUUAAGUCUGAAGUAGACACCCUCUGAGUUAUUAUUAUUUUGAAUAACUCUUUGAACUGAAUGCUGGUUUAGUUCCAACUGAUCCCUGAUUAGUUUAGGAAACACUAAACCAAUACUUCUCAGGUUUUCAGCAUCAAAACACAUUUAUUCAGUGGAUUUUAUCUCCACCUAUACUGUCUCCAUUUUAUCUAAAGUUUUUUUUUAUUAAUCCAUCUCAUCAUGCCUUGUUUGGUUUGAUUUUCAACCUUUACAGAGUGCAUAUGUACUUUCUGUAAACCAAAAGAAACCUCUCAACACUACAUUACCCAGAGUUCCCGAGGAAAGGAGCGCUGCCUUCAAGUGCUUAUGGAGAUUAGACAGUCCAAAACUUGUACACACUGUGUCUUAAUAUUACAUAUUAGCUCUUAUGUUGUAAAUGAAUCAUUUUAAACUCAAAUAGGAGAUUGUUCUGACUGUAAAACACAAACUGAAUAAAAACUCAGAAGAAAAUCUA